UUGAAAAGUGACCUCCCCUCUCUAUGGACUGGGGCACACACACACAACACACACACCACACACAGCUGCUCGGAACCAUGACAGAAGAUGACGGAUACAGUGGUCGCGGAGGGACAAGUCAAGUUUAGAGAUGGAAAGAAGUGGAAGACUCGGUGCGUCGUUCUUCGGAAGCCCUCUCCGGUCGCAGACUGUCUGACUCUGCUGGUGUAUAAAGAGAAGAAGAAAGGGAAGGAGAAGAGCACAGGCCACAAGGAGAGGCUCAAUGUAACACUGGAGGGGAUCUGUGGCGUGGAGCCGGGGCCCGGUUAUGACGGGGUAUCCUACACCCUCUCCAUCCUCUGCCUGGCUCACACGCUGGUCCUGGGCUUCACCAGCCGAGACGCGCUGCUGGCCUGGGAUGCCCGCAUCUGCUACAGCCUGGGAGAAGUCCACAGGUUCAGUGUCAACGUCGAGCCAGGUACCAAACUGGAAAGCGGCCCCGCCUCCCUCCACCUGUGCAACAACCUAUUGGUCCUCACCAGAGGCGUCCCUCCUGUCGUCAUUGGACACUGGAAGCUGUCAGCGUUGCGUCGAUAUGGCGCUGUGCCAAAUGGCUUUGUGUUCGAGGGCGGGACUCGCUGCGGAUAUUGGGCUGGUGUUUUCUUCUUGUCCUGUUCAGAAGGAGAGCAGAUCAGUUUCCUGUUUGACUGCAUUGUCAGGGGCAUCAGCCCCAGCAGGACCCCUCAUGGCCUGCGUCCUGCCCUGCCAGAUCCCAGUGCUGACCCAGUGUCAGCAGAGGACCGAAUCGACAAGGAGGCAUCAGAGCUGGAGAAGAGACUCAGCAUGUUGUCUCAGAGCAGCCUCGCGAGCAGCACAGCUUCCACUUAUAGCUGCAGCACAUCUGUUGCCGGGGACGACCAGAGCAGCAUCUCCAGCUCCUCCUCCAGCCAGUCAGAUGCAAGCUACGGAAGCAGACUUCCAUUUUGGGUGGAGCCAUUAGGUAGACCUCACCUGUCCAACGAGACGGCGUCAAGCUCGUCCACGCUGAAGGUUUUGACCAGCUCAGAUGACAGGCUUUAUGCUGCUGUGAUGGGAAGCUCUGGGACUCGGCCAUCCUCCGCCCAGCUCCAUUCUCGUGGUCUCCAUGACAGCGGGCGACAAAGCUCAUUAGACAGUGGGAUCGGAAUAGCUACAGGCAGUCAGUCAUCUUACUCAGGGAGCUGCUCCUCGUAUACGGGGAGUCUGGACAUGGCCAGCCAGGGAGGGGAGGGGGAGUUUGGCUCUGUGGCCAGCCUACCUGCUCCACCCCCUCCUCCUUCUUCACCUCCUGCUCUUCCUCCCCCAACUUCUCCUCCACCUCCUCCUACUUUUCAGUCCACACCUGUCCCAGACCACAGUUGUGCUACCUCUUCCUCCUGCUCUUGUUCCUCCAGAUCCAGCUCUCGUGCGUCCCGGAGGCACAGUGACGAGUAUCAAAUCCCCAACCUGCUCAGACUGCGGUAUGACACCCCCAGGAGUCUGCUCCAGACCCUGUCCCUGAGGGUACAGGAAGGCCCACCAGAGCUGGACAGGGACAGCAGGGGCAGUGGGGAUGCAGGGGGCAGUCAGGGACAAAGGUUGAGCAACAUCCCCACAGAAGCCAAGGCUCAGCAUCAUGCUGGGAUGCAGCGCUCACAAUCCUGGGGCAGUGAGAGGGCGCCCUCCGUAGACAGUGAGGGGAGGUCCACACCUAGAACCCUGCUGGUGCCUGGAGGUCCAGUUUGUGCAGAAACACAGUGCAGUCAUGGGUCAGACAACUACAUUACACCGGAGCAGUGGCGGUCAGCGAGGAACAGAUGCCUGACUCAGGCUGCCAACUCACCAUCAGGCCUGUCACCUUCUGCAGAUACACAAGAUCCUCCUCUCUGUGUGACAGAGGAUCAGGAUGAAGUUGGGGAUGUUGCUGAUAGGUUAGCAGGUCUGAAGUGGUCGUUGUCCUCUCUGCCAACCUCUGCCCCUCCACCUCCACCUGUAGCACUGAGCAUGCACAGGCCAACAUCAGCUUGUGGUAUUUUCCAGUCAGCCCACGCAGCUCCUUCAUCCCUGGACACUGGGCUCCACGGUGGCAAUGCUGCUAAUUAUGUUAAUAUCCCCAUUAGCCCCCUGCCAGCUAGAACUAACAGAGAGCUCCUCUACACGGAGCUUGACCUGCGGGAGCCCGGCUCAGCUCCAGCCUCUGGUCCUUACAGUCCUCUCAGAGGUAAGACUUUGCUGCUCUGCAGACCCAGUAAGAAUACACAGCCUUAAAUUUAAAUCUCCUAUUUUUCUACUGCUGCUUUCUUUUUUAACUGGCUUCUGAGAGGGUGGUUUUAUGUCAGCUUUUGCAUCAUACGUCUUCAAUAUCCAUAGACCUAAUCUAUCAUUAGCAUACACAAUAUUAUAGUUUGACACGGUGUACAUUGAUAAAAGGUAAGAACAAAGGCAGGAGUAAGGACAACAGAACUGCAAUAUGUUUAAUUUGGCUAAAAUUGGUCUUACAAAACCUAAAUGCACCACCAAAGAAAAAAUUGCACUGAUAUAGAGUGCUGCAGGAAUGAGUCCUAAAACCCCCGAAAUGAGUCGGUAUUAACAUUUCGGUUCCCUUGUCUCGAAGUCGGUGGGUUUUUUGGUCAGAUGUCUGAAAUAAGGUCUGUGGUUAAUACAAGCUCGAGAUUUUGUUCUACAAUGUAACAUACUGCACUCGUGAAUUUGGAAGGUUUUAUGUGUUGUAAAAAAAGGCGUAUAAGAAAUGUCUGACAUUACCACAUGCAUGCCAAACACGGCACUACAGCCUCACUGUGGUGGCGACAUAGAAGUCAUGUGACCAUAGUGUAGUUCGUUUAGCUUUAACUUCUUGCAGUUGCAUUUGCACUUUAAAGAUUAUAAAGUGAUGUUCAUUUGUGAAGUAUAUCUUGUUGAACAAGACGAUUUUCUGCAGUCAUCCAAAACGGAAAUGGAAAAAUCCCCCCCUUUUUUUGAGGUAACAAGUGCAGUGCUAACUUACAAAUUGGCCUACCAAAAAAGUCAUCCCUGCAGCACUC